UCGUUACAUUCAGUCCGCUGUGCCGCGUGUCAAUGAUACGUACUCUCGGGGUGCGACUGGAAACUGGUUUCCCGCGCGCGCUUAUGCAAAUCGUCCGGACCGUUUGGACCGGUACGUUUUCACAGAUUCGUCGAUCUGCGGUGUUUUACCUUUAAACGACGAGAGACCGUCACGCCAAAUAAAGAAAACUGCUAGAAAAUAAGUAUUCGGUACAUUUUAUCCGCGGCGCCUUUGACACUCUCUCGAGUAAUUCUUCGGUUUAGGCCGAAAAGAAAAGUCCGAACGGAAUUCGGCUUGCUGAAUAUCGGAACGUUGUUUGGCGGCAAUGUUGUUGAAAAUACGUUAUGUGUUCUGCGUCAUAAAUGCCAUAUAUGAAAUAUUUCGUCGGAUCUUGUUAUUUAUUUACAAGAAACCGCCAAGUAUACCACCGAUUACUCACUCCAUAUAUAUGUUAAGUGCCACGACGAUCGCUAAGAAAAUCAGACAGAGAGAGAUUACGAGCUACGAAGUGGUGCAAGCGUAUGUAACGCGCAUCAAAGAAGUAGAUCCUUUCCUAAACGCUGUCGUUGACAAUCGAUUUCUCGACGCGAUAAUUGAGGCGAAAACCUGCGACCAACAAUUGAAAGAGGGCAAAUUCGAUGUCGAGACUUUAGAAAAGGAAAAGCCGCUCUAUGGCGUUCCAAUUACCAUCAAAGAAUGUUGUGCUUUAAAAGGUUGCAGCUACACAGGUUGCACUUUGCCUCUCAAAGGGGUGAAGGCGGACCGCGAUGCCGUGGUCGUCGAGAUGCUCCGAAAUGCCGGCGCGAUACCGCUGUGCGUCACGAACACGCCGGAGAUGUGCGGCGGGUUCGACAGCACGAAUCUGCUUUUCGGCCGCACUUGUAAUCCUUACGACACUAGAUAUUCCGCCGGUGGAUCGUCCGGUGGAGAAGGUGCGCUGCUCGGGGCAGGUGCUUCUGUGAUCGGACUUGGUUCGGACAUGGCUGGCUCUAUAAGAGUACCGUCUUUCUUGAAUGGCGUUUUUGGACACAAACCCACACCUGGACUUAUUCCGAUCGAUGGACACUUCCCAUACACCGAUGACGAAUACUUUCAAAAGUUCACGACUUUCGGCCCGAUGACUAGAUACGCCGAGGAUCUCGGCCUGCUUAUGAGAGUGAUGACAUUGAAAUGCAAUCGCGACCUGCGUCUAGAUGUGCCGGUGGACUUGAGACAAAUAAAGAUUUACUAUCGACAAAGUUUGGACAGGUCCCUCGGCGUUUUGCCGAUGACGCCGGAAAUUGAGAAGUGCGUUCUGAGAGCCGCUAAUCAUUUCGCGCGGUAUGACGUCUGCGCGGAGAAGUUACCAAUAGAGUGGCCAGUGACAAUCAUCGAAAUUGUGAUAGCGGGGUUCAUGAAUAUGAAGCCCCCUCAAAUGCUGAUAGACACGAACAAUCCCAAGCACCAGAAAAACGUAUCGGUCGAGUUGCUGAAAGCUCUGUUCGGCCUGUCGCAACACACGAAGCAGAUGAUUUUCUUCAAUCUACUGAUUGAGACGCAUUUCCCAUUCACGGAUUCAGAAAUAUCGCAUUACACGAAGCAGGGAGAGGAGAUUCGACAGAACCUGCUGGACUUGUUGGGGGACAACGGAGUAUUUAUUUACCCCACCUUCCGAAAUCCGGUUCUUUCACAGUUUAUAUUAUGCGAAAUACUGUCCGCUUCGAGCUGCGGUUUCUUCAAUAUUGUCGGCUUUCCCGCGGCGCACGUGCCGAUGGGACUUAAUCACGAGGGGAUGCCCAUAGGCGUUCAGGUCAUAGCCGCGCCUUAUCAAGACCGUCUCUGCCUGGCGGUUGCGAAAGAGCUGGAGAUGGCCUUCGGUGGGUGGGUACCACCAUCAGUAUCGAUAAGUGAUUAA